CCGACAAGCUUAAAAUACACACAACAACCAAUCCUUCAUUCAACUCUCCUCCUUCCCUCUCUCUCUCUCUCUCUCUCCGUCUGGAUCUGGAAGGUUAUCCUUUCUGCUUCGAUUUCAUCAUGGCAAGAGCUGCUGGUGGAUCUCAUGCAAUUCGUACAGUUUUCUUCUUCGCAACCAUUUGCAUUUUGCUUUUUUCUCAUAAUGUACUCAGCUUUUAUCUCCCCGGUGUUGCCCCCGAAGACUUCCAAAAGGGAGAUCUGCUGAAUGUGAAAGUGAACAAAUUGACUUCCAUAAAGACUCAGCUUCCUUACUCAUACUAUUCUCUUCCUUUUUGUCGCCCAAACACAAUAGUUGACAGCAGAGAAAAUCUUGGAGAAGUACUUCGUGGUGAUCGCAUUGAGAAUUCUGCUUAUGUGUUUAGAAUGAGGGAACCACAACUGUGCAAUGUUGUUUGUCGACUUACGCUUGAUGCCAAAACUGCAAAGGAAUUCAAAGACAAAAUUGAAGAUGAAUACCGUGUUAACAUGAUCCUUGAUAAUCUCCCUCUGGUGGUUCCUAUCCCAAGAUCAGAACAAGAAGGCCCUCCCAUCUACCAGCUGGGUUUUCAUGUUGGGCUGAGAGGGCAAUAUGCUGGUAGCAAGGAUGAAAAGUACUUUCUACACAACCACUUGAGCUUCACAGUCAAGUAUCACAAGGAUGAGCUAACUGAUUCGGCAAGAAUUGUAGGUUUUGAGGUCACACCAUAUAGUGUGAAGCAUGAAUAUGAUGGAGAGUGGAAUGAGAAUACACGGUUAACAACAUGUGAUCCCCAUGCAAAGAGUAUAGUUGUUUCUUCAAACUCUCCUCAAGAGGUUGAAGAUAAGCAAGAAGUCAUAUUCACUUAUGACAUUGCAUACCAGGAGAGUGAGGUGAAGUGGGCAUCAAGAUGGGACACAUAUCUUCUAAUGAAUGAUGAUCAAAUCCAUUGGUUCUCCAUAGUAAAUUCUCUUAUGAUUGUUCUCUUCCUCUCUGGAAUGGUUGCUAUGAUAAUGCUGCGGACACUUUAUCGUGACAUAUCAAAGUACAAUGAACUUGAAACCCAGGAGGAGGCCCAGGAAGAAACAGGAUGGAAAUUGGUCCAUGCAGAUGUAUUCAGGCCCCCCAGCCACUCCGAUUUGCUAUGUGUUUACGUUGGAACUGGUGUACAAUUUCUGGGAAUGGUACUAGUCACUAUGGCGUUUGCUGUCCUCGGCUUCCUCUCCCCUUCAAAUAGAGGUGGACUCAUGACGGCCAUGUUGUUUCUUUGGGUUUUCAUGGGACUUUUUGCUGGUUAUGCUGCUGCCCGUCUUUACAAGAUGUUCAAAGGAACGGAAUGGAAGAAAAUAGCCCUUCGGACAGCUUUCCUAUUCCCAGCUGUAGUGUUUGGCAUCUUCUUUGUACUGAAUGCUCUUAUCUGGGGUCAGAAAUCUUCAGGGGCAGUGCCAUUUGGAACAAUGUUUGCUUUGGUCUUCUUAUGGUUCGGGAUUUCAGUUCCCCUCGUCUUUGUAGGCAGUUAUGUUGGCUUUAGGAAGCCAGCAACAGAAAAUCCUGUGAAGACAAAUAAAAUACCCAGGCAGAUCCCCGAACAGCCAUGGUACAUGAACCCCAUUUUCUCAAUCUUGAUUGGAGGCAUACUUCCAUUUGGAGCUGUUUUCAUCGAGCUCUUCUUCAUUCUGAGUUCCAUAUGGUUGAACCAGUUCUACUACAUUUUCGGGUUCCUCUUCAUAGUUUUUGUCAUCCUCCUUGUCACCUGCGCUGAGAUAACAGUUGUGCUAUGCUAUUUCCAAUUAUGCAGUGAGGAUUACCUCUGGUGGUGGAGGUCGUAUCUGACAUCUGGAUCGUCUGCACUUUACCUCUUCCUCUAUGCCACCUUCUACUUCUUCACUAAGCUUGACAUCACGAAGCCCGUCUCAGGAGCAUUGUACUUUGGGUACAUGUUGAUUGCUUCAUAUGCAUUUUUUGUGUUGACUGGCACCAUCGGCUUCUACGCAUGCUUCAUCUUCACUAGGCUGAUUUAUUCUUCUGUGAAGAUCGAUUGAGGGCUGUUCUUGUCACUCGUGAUGAAGCACAGAGCAUGAUAUAGAGAAUUCAUUCAAUAUCAAUUCCAUGUAUGAUUUUUGGGAGCGACCACACAUACAAGCAAAUUUUUUUCAAAAUGAGUCCGUACGCUUAGCUAGUUAAUUGUGGUAGGUCUUAUUUUUGUAAGUCUUGUUUGGGUUUUGUUAUCUUUGUAGCAAGGAGACUGCGAGCUUGUAGAUUGCUCAAGAGUAGCCAAUCUUGUUUGAUCAGAUAAAUUCUAAGUGUAGCUGCGGCAGUGGCUGAUCAAUUUUAUUACUGCCUAAUGUAGACCUGUUACUUCAAUUCUUUCA